ACGGUUCUGGUAGAGCAUAGAGGUAGUACACAUACAAGUUUUAAAAAUUAAUAUCAAACACCAAACUCGAGGACGACAAGCACUCCUUUUAAGUGUUAUAUACCGCAUAAUGAAUGCUGAAAUUGAUGUUUUCAUUAGUAACUAUACCCUUAUUGAUUCAGAAAUAUUCCAACAAUGGGUCGAAGGCUAUUCAACAUCAGAAGCCUCACUGUAUUUAAAGCAAAAGUGUUUCGGGCAGUUUCUUAGUGCCCAUAUAGACCUCAUCGUUUCGGAUAUACUCGAUCAAUUCAGAACUUAUUCCUUGAUAGAGCGGUUGUUGUAUGCCCCUGUUAAGCUGUCGGAGCAGUCGUCUUUUCAACUGGAGCCGAAAACACUUCGUUUAAUUAUAGAGAAGUAUUACUCUAUUGAUGAUUCUGUGGCUAGGGAAAUUCUAGGGAAAAAAUUGUCAUCACGCUAUCGCAAAGAUCUAGAUGAAGUUUCUGAGAAAACAUUUGUAAAAUUGAAGUCAUGCAGGCGACAGUUUGACAACGUUAAACGAAUUUUCAAAGCUGUAGAAGAAUUGCCAGGAAAUAUAACAAGCAAUAUAAAGCAGCAGUUCAUGCUUUCUGAUACUUUGGCAAAGAAAUAUGCUUCGAUUGUGUUUUUGGCAUGCAUACGUUUCGAAACAUCUAAAAAGAAACUGAACUAUUUGAGUUUCUCCGAUUUUUUUUACUGUUCUCAAGCAGUGAUGGAAUAUUGGACCUACACGUACCAACACUCUGGACCUGAAUAUUAUGACACUGAAAUGGAUAAAGAAUUUUUGCUGGAUUUACGUGAGCUAAGAUGCCUUUUUGAAAAGGAAAAGGAAAUAAAACAUUUAGUAUGUUUGCGCUUGAAACCAAUUUUUCUGGAAAAAGCGUAUCAAGAAAUGGAUUUAAAUUUCCGGUCGUACUGGAGAUCUAUCAUUACAAUUGCCAUCAACUUACAUAGAAACAGAGAACUACGGGCUUUAUUUGCUGACCUUAGCGAAAAGCUGGUUGAUCCAUGGAAACAAAAUAAUUGGUGUCUCAACCAAGUGAAACAAUUUUUGGAUGCUGUCUCCCAAAGCAUUUUAGAACUAGAAAUUUCAAGAGACCAGGAAACUCGCUGCUUAUGGGAUCGAUACAUGCAAGUAAUCAUCAUAUGCUUGGAACGAAUGUACCAUUCAUGACGACAAAGCCCUGUAAACAUUUUAAUAUAAACAUAUUUUAUAACGAAUAUUCUUACUUUACCUGAUUUGAAUUUCGGCUCCAAUGAUUGUGUGUUUUUUUUUUAAUGAAAUUAAAUAAAUAAAGAUGGACAUCGUGA